AUGGGUUCCAGACUUAUCGAAUCACUCCAACACGCGGCAGGCAAGAAUCAAGAGCUGCUCGCCGUGCUCUCACAAACAGACAACGCACCCACAGCUCUCAAGCAAAACUCGACAUACAUCAGCGACCUCGAAACUCAAAUUGCAAACACGGACAAGGAAAUCACGCGACUCCACCGUAUCACCGAGGAUGAAAGAAAAGACCACGUCAAGUACGAGGAGAGCACUUUCACUCGCUACAUGUACAAGAUGCGCGGCUCGAAAGGAGUAGCAAGGUUCGCAGAAAAGGCCGGCAAAGAGGAGAAGGAGUUUGUCGAGGCAUGGCAAAAGGAGCGGGAAGCUCAAGAGUCUCAUGCCGAGCUCACCAGAGCUUUGGCGGGUGCUAAGCAAGAAAGUCAACGUUUGCAGGGUGAAGCCACCAGACAUGACCGCGCACAAUCCGAACUCGACAGACUCUACUCUUCCAUCUUUGACGGUCCCACUCCCGAGGUUCCCGGCGAGGAUCAGCUAGAGUCAAGUUUGUGGAACAACAAACAAUGGUCCGACAGCAGUACACAACACCAAAACCUGCAACGACGAGCUGCAGAGGCGUUGAACGCAACACUACACAGUCUAGAGUGCGCAUCAAAAGACAUCAAUGAUGCUCUGGACAUGUCCCGCUGGGAUAUGUGGGGCGGCGGCACCUUCACCGACAUGAUGGAAAGAGACGCUCUCUCGCGAGCCCAAGUCGGUGUCUCGGACGAUGUGCUGUUUGACAAUAUCUUCACCGAUAUGGCUCAACAUGACCGCAUCAAGAACUCUGCCAUGCAGUUGCAACAGGCGUUGCAGCAGUGUAGAGAUCUACUCGAGAAGCAGAAGCGCACAUACCACGAAGCUUCUGUUCAGUGUAACCAAGCUACAGAGGCUACGAGUGCUUCUCGCCUUGAGCUUCAGCGUAUCAGAGCAGAGGCGUUCGUGAGAUAUGCUGGCAAUGGUGCUCCUCCGCCGUUCCAGGCCUCUGCGCAGUAUGCUCCUCCUGCGCAAUACGCCCCUCCGACCUCUCAGGGGUAUGCACAGUACGCUCCACCUCCAGCAUACUGA